AAGGAGCCCGCGAGUCCUCAUCGCCUUCUCCGGCUCUCCCGGUCCCGGGUGCCCUAGCCGCCUGUGGCCGAGUCCACCCCUCCAGACCGCAGCGCGGCGACCUCGCCUCCCCCACCGCGCCGGUCGCCGGCCGAUUCUGAUGAACACGUCUCCUUCCAGAUCCAGAUUAUCUGAAGGGCAAUGAUGGGAGGCUGGGGGGUUUCGGAUGGGUACGAGGGAUCAAAGAGGACACGAAUGAUGAUGGAAUCGAAUCCCUACUUCGCAGUGAAUGCAGGGAGUCCAUUGGAUGUCUCAAAGAGGGCCAGGAUGAUGGAACCAGGUGCUCCCUAUUUUGGGGCUGUGGGAAGCAACACUGGUGGUGCGAGCGGAAGCUUCUACCAGCCCUUUAACAGCAACUUAGCUGGUGCAGGGGUUAGCACUGGUAUCCAAAGCUUUCCAGGUGUCCGGCUGCGAGGUCUCCCUUUUGAUUGCACCGACAUUGACAUCUGCAAGUUCUUUGUGGGGCUGGACAUAGUGGAUUGCCUCCUGGUUAACAAGAAUGGGCGCUUUACCGGUGAGGCGUUUGUGGUCUUCCCAACAGCCAUGCAAGCAGAAUUUGCGCUGCAUCGCAACAAGCAGAACAUGGGCCGGAGGUACAUUGAGGUGUUCAGAUGCAAGAAGCAGGAAUAUUAUUGCGCAAUAGCCAGUGAGGUGAACCAGGGUGGUUACUUUGAGCCGGAGUACCGCCGCUCCCCACCUCCUCCAAGGCCUAAGAAGCCGUCUGAAGACAAGGGCAGCAUGGAGUAUACAGAGGUUCUGAGGCUCCGUGGGCUUCCCUACUCUGCCACCACUGAGGACAUCAUCAAGUUCUUCCAGGAGUACGAGCUGACUGAGGAGAAUGUGCACAUUGGGUACCGCUCAGAUGGGAAGGCUACGGGUGAAGCCUUUGUUGAGUUCCCAACAGCUGAAGUUGCAAAGACGGCCAUGUGCAAGGAUAAAAUGACCAUGUGGACUAGGUAUGUGGAGCUGUUCCCGUCAACCCCAGAGGAGGCCAGCAGGGCAAAAUCCCGAGGCAGGCAUUGAAGAAAUGUGUAUUUCAAUGAUCUCUGUAUCCAUGCGGCUGUGUUAAAGUUUAGUUUUCAUAUGGUAUGCUUGCCUGUAUCGCUGUUAGGUGGUGUUAGCUUAUCUGAACUGAAUUGUAACAGUUGUCCUCUGUUGGAUGCACUUGUAUGGCAUAUGAUCAUUGAUGGAUUUUGCUUCAUUCCAAUUUGAGUUUAUAUCCAAGGUCCAAAUUGGGAGCAAAUGCUCUUCGGGUAA